AUGCUUGGUGAUUUUUAGUAAACCAGAUAACCAAAUCAAAUGUGUAGUAAUUUUGGUUGGUUCUGGUUCUUGAGAAUUUGAAAAAUAAUCAAAUAUCGACUUGAAAAAAAGGAGCACGAUUUGCUGGAUAGCGGAAUACAGUUUUGUAUUUUUUAAUGGGUAAUAAAUUGGGAAGGCGGAGACAAGCUGUCGAUGAGAAGUAUACGCGCCCACAAGGGCUGUAUGUUCAUAAAGAUGUGGAUAUUAAGAAGCUAAGAAAGCUGAUACUUGAAUCAAAGCUUGCGCCUUGCUAUCCUGGUGAUGAAGAAUGCUGUUCCAAUCUUGAAGAAUGCCCAAUUUGCUUCUUGUAUUAUCCAAGUCUCAACAGAUCGAGGUGCUGCAUGAAAAGCAUUUGCACGGAGUGUUUUUUGCAAAUGAAGAAUCCUAAUUCAACCCGUCCUACACAGUGUCCUUUUUGCAAAACCUCUAACUAUGCUGUCGAGUAUCGAGGUGUGAAAACAAAAGAGGAAAAAGGGAUAGAGCAAAUUGAAGAACAACGUGUCAUAGAAGCACAAAUUAGAAUGAGGCAACAGGAACUUCAGGACGACGAAGAGAGAAUGAACAAGAGACAAGAAUUGGGUUCUUCAAGCACCGCAGUUGCAGCAGGAGAUGUUCAGUACAAUUCAGUUGGAGAUGGAUCCUCUGGUGAGGAGGAGAUAUUUUCAUCUGCCUCUUUGAUCAGACAACCUUCACAUCCAAGGGCUAACAGGAAUGAUGAGUUUGACAUAGACCUUGAGGAGAUAAUGGUCAUGGAAGCGGUUUGGCAGUCGAUUCAGGAGAACAGCAGACACAGAAAUUCCAACCAUGUAGAUGCUGCUGCUUCAGUGCAUUAUGUUUCCAGAGACCGCUAUAUCUCACCAGCCAUGACCACAGUUGCAGGUUCAUCAUCAUCUCCUUCCGGUGGACUUGCGUGUGCAAUAGCUGCCCUUGCUGAGCGUCAGCAGACAGGUGGAGAGUCUUCUUCUCAUAACCAUGAUGGAAAUAUGCUUCCCGGAAGCAGCAGCAGGUUUUAUAACAGGUCGGAAUUGGACCCAGUUGCCGGGAACUAUCCUCCUGCAGAUAGUGCAGUCGGUGAUGGUGUGAUGACACCAGCAAGAGAUGAAGGGAAAUGGGGUUUAGAUCAUGGAUCAGAGGGGGCUGAAGCUGGGACUAGCUCUUCAAGCUCUGAUGUGACACAAGAUGCCGGUGGGAUCCCGGAAAUACCCCAAGAACACGAAGUUAGGGGCAGCUUUCAGAAUGCUCCUGGGCCUGGGCCCAUUAUUCCCGAAAGUUACGAGGAGCAAAUGAUGCUGGCAAUGGCUGUAUCUCUGGCUGAAGCUAGAGCGGUGACAAGUGGCCCUGGAAUUUCAUGGCAAUAGUUUUAUGGACUGGCUUCCUGUUAUCGCGUUUCUCGAAUGGAUGAUGCUGGUCAUUGCUGUUAACUUGCCGAGUCCCGACCCUCAGCUUGGAUACAAGUAGUUGAAAAGUCAAGGUAGGUUGUUUGAUCCUAUUCAUAAUGUUCUGAAUCCAUAAAUAGAUAGAUAUUAGGAAAGUAAACAGAUUAUUGUAGCAGAUGAAAAAGGUAGGUUGUUUGAUC